AUGAGAGACCCUAACGACUCUUUCCUUACUGGAAGCACUGCCAACUACAUCGAUGAGAUGUAUGUCGCGUGGAAGAAGGACCCCUCGAGUGUUCACAUCUCGUGGCAAACCUACUUCAAGAACAUGGAAGAGGGUAACAUGCCCAUCUCCCAGGCCUUCACUCCUCCUCCCACUCUCGUUCCUACCCCUACCGGUGGUGUCCCCCAGGACAUGCCCGGUGCCGGUCUCGACAGCGGUGCGGAUGUGACCAACCACUUGAAGGUCCAGCUGCUCUGCCGCGCCUACCAGGCCCGUGGUCACCACAAGGCUAAGAUCGAUCCCCUUGGCAUCCGCGGAGAAGCCGAGGCCUUCGGAUAUGACAAGCCCAAGGAGCUUGAGCUCGACCACUACGGCUUCACUGAGCGUGACCUGGACCAAGAGUUCGCUCUUGGACCCGGUAUCUUGCCCCGUUUCAUCACCGAGACUCGCAAGAAGAUGACCCUGCGCGAGAUCAUCGAGGCCUGCGAAAAGAUCUACUGUGGCUCCUACGGUGUUGAGUACAUUCACAUUCCUGACCGUAAGCCUUGCGAGUGGAUCCGUGACCGCUUCGAGAUCCCCCAGCCCUACAACUACUCGGUCGAUGACAAGCGCCGCAUCCUCGAUCGUUUGAUCUGGUCUUCCAGCUUCGAGUCCUUCCUCGCCACCAAGUUCCCCAACGACAAGCGUUUCGGUCUUGAGGGUUGUGAAACUCUGGUCCCCGGUAUGAAGGCCCUCAUUGACCGCAGUGUCGACUAUGGCAUCAAGGACAUCGUCAUCGGUAUGCCUCACCGUGGUCGUCUCAACGUUCUGUCCAACGUCGUCCGCAAGCCCAAUGAGUCCAUCUUCAGCGAGUUCGCUGGAUCCACCGAGCCUUCUGAUGAGGGUUCCGGUGAUGUCAAGUACCACUUGGGUAUGAACUUCGAGCGUCCCACCCCCUCCGGUAAGCGUGUGCAGCUGUCUCUGGUCGCCAACCCCUCCCACCUCGAGGCCGAGGACCCCGUUGUUCUCGGAAAGACCCGUGCCAUCCAGCACUACAACAACGAUGAGACCCACUACGACUCCGCCAUGGGUGUCCUGCUGCACGGUGACGCCGCCUUCGCUGCCCAGGGUGUCGUCUACGAGACCAUGGGAUUCCACUCACUUCCCGCCUACUCCACUGGUGGUACCAUCCACCUUGUCGUGAACAACCAGAUCGGUUUCACCACUGAUCCCCGUUACUCUCGGUCCACCCCCUACUGUUCCGACAUCGCCAAGUCCAUCGACGCCCCCGUCUUCCACGUGAACGCCGAUGAUGUUGAGGCUGUCAACUACGUUUGCCAGGUCGCUGCUGACUGGCGUGCUGAGUUCAAGCGUGACGUUGUCAUCGACAUGGUUUGCUACCGUAAGCAGGGUCACAACGAGACUGACCAGCCCUCCUUCACUCAGCCUCUUAUGUACAAGCGCAUCGCCGAGCAGAAGGCUCAGCUCGACAAGUACGUCGAGAAGCUGAUUGCCGAGGGUACCUUCACCAAGGACGACAUCGAUGAGCACAAGAAGUGGGUCUGGGGAAUGCUCGGCGACAGCUUCGACCGCAGCAAGGACUACCAGCCCACCGGUAAGGAGUGGCUCACCUCUGCCUGGAACAACUUCAAGUCUCCCAAGGAGCUUGCCACCGAGGUUCUGCCUCACCUGCCCACCGCUGUCGGCGAGAAGUCCCUCCAGCACAUUGCUGACAAGGUCAGCGGUACUGGUGCCCCUGAUGGCUUCGAGCUCCACCGCAACCUCAAGCGUAUCUUGAGUGGUCGCAAGAAGGCUGUCGGCGAGGGCAAGAACAUUGACUGGGCCACCGCGGAGGCUCUUGCUUUCGGUUCCCUUGUCGAUGAGGGUUACCACGUCCGUAUCUCCGGACAGGAUGUCGAGCGUGGUACCUUCUCUCAGCGUCACGCCGUCCUGCACGACCAGCAGACCGAGCGCACCUACACUCCCCUGAAGCACAUCAGUGACAAGCAGGGUAGCUUCGUCAUCUCCAACUCCUCCCUGAGUGAGUUCGGUUGUCUCGGCUUCGAGUACGGUUACUCCUUGACCUCCCCCAACGCCCUGGUCAUGUGGGAGGCUCAAUUCGGUGACUUCGCCAACAACGCUCAAUGUAUCAUUGAUCAGUUCAUCGCUUCCGGUGAAUCCAAGUGGCUCCAGCGUUCCGGCCUGGUUGUCUCCCUGCCCCACGGUUACGACGGCCAGGGUCCCGAGCACUCCUCUGGACGCAUGGAGCGCUGGCUUCAGCUUUGCAACGAGGAGCCCCGUGUCUACCCCUCCGCUGACAAGCUCGACCGCCAGCACCAGGACUGCAACAUGCAGAUCGCCUGCAUGACCACCCCUGCCAACCUCUUCCACAUGCUUCGUCGCCAGAUCCACCGUCAAUUCCGCAAGCCUUUGGUGAUCUUCUUCUCCAAGUCGCUGCUGCGUCACCCUCUUGCCCGCUCUGAUAUCGAGGCUUUGACCGGUGACUCUCACUUCCAGUGGAUCAUCCCCGAUGAGGGUCACGGUACCACCAUCGAUGCCCCCGAGAAGAUCGAGCGUGUCGUCCUUUGCUCAGGCCAGGUCUACGCCGCCCUGAUGAAGCACCGUGAGGCCAACGGUAUCCGCAACACUGCCAUCACUCGUGUUGAGCAGCUGCACCCCUUCCCAUGGGCUCAGCUCAAGGAGAACCUUGACAGCUACCCCAACGCCAAGAACAUCGUCUGGUGUCAGGAGGAGCCCCUCAACGCCGGUGCCUGGUCGUACGCUCAGCCCCGCAUUGAGAGCUUGCUGAAUGCCACUGAGCACCACAACCGCCGCCACGUCCUCUACGCUGGUCGUGCUGGUAGCGCCUCCGUUGCUACCGGUCUCAAGGCCGUUCACCUUAAGGAGGAGCAAGAGUUCCUGGAAGAUGCCUUCUCCAUUCACCAGGAGCGCCUCAAGGGCGAGUAA